AUGCUGGCGGCGGAGCUGACGGGGCGCGCGCGACCGCUCGUCAGCCGGGCGGGGCUGCGCGUCAUGGUGGGGCCGGGGGGCGGGGCCGGGCGGUGCUGGGGGGGGAUCAGGCCCGUGGAGGGGUCAGGGGCCUCAUGGCGGCCCUGCAGAGCCCUGUUGACACCCGGCGGGCAGGUGGCCGGCCUGGGCAACUACGGGCUGCGGGGGACGCGGCACAGCGUGGGCAUGGCGGUGCUGGACCGGCUGGCCCAGCAGCUGGCGGUGGCCGAGGGCUGGCGAGCGGACAGGCGGUGCUGCGCCGACGUGGCCCUGGCCACGGCCCGCGGCCUGGAGCUGGUGCUGCUCAAGCCGCGGAGGCUCAUGAACCUCAACGGGCUCAGCGUCGCCAGUGCCGCUGAGAUCUACAGCCUCCGCCCAGAAGACAUUUACUUGAUUCAUGAUGACCUGGACAAGGCCCUGGGCAAGGUGGCGAUCAAGCUGGGAGGCAGCGCAAGGGGCCACAACGGGGUCCGAUCCUGCAUCAAUGCUCUGCACUCCAACGAGAUGACGCGGCUCAGGGUUGGCAUCGGGCGGCCGGAGGGUGAAGUGACAGUGUCCAGCUACGUCCUGGCUCCAUUCAGUGCCGGGGAGCAGGAGAGGCUGAAGCAGGUCCUGGCCCAGGCAGCGACCUGCCUGCUGGAGCACAUCCUGCGGAGGAGAGUGCCCGCGGGGGAGCUGGGGGACGGGCUGACGUGAACCCCGGGGGACCUGCGUGGCCGAUGGACAGAGCACUGCAGACUCCGGGCCCAGGCUGGAGGGAGGCUUCCAGUGGGAAGUGGGGGAGUGAUGGGAGCAACUUCUGCAGGAUCCAAAACCACUUCGGCUUUGUUGAGAAACUGUGGCAAGCACAAGUUGCCUGGAAUCUCGUAG